UCCACCCUCCUCCUUCCUCCCCCCGCCGUGGCGCGUCGCACCUCUUUCUCUCCCUCUUCAAUUCUCCCCAUCAACCACUUCCCAAAGACUAUCUCGUCGUUGUGUGUAGCACGGAGCGCACGCAGAACAGGUGCCUACUGCCGGCGCUAUUCAAGACCGCCAACGGCAAGCUGUACGUACACCAGUAAACCAGCAGCGGGGUAUACACAUGUUCUCCAGGCAACCCUCCCUAUCGCAACGGACGAAACCUAGAUGCCGACAGCAGCAGCAGUGGACAGCGAAAUCCCAGGAUCCUAGCUUGGGGUUCGUCAUAGUCGUUGUGUGCCUCCUUGUGCUUGUUGGUGCCAGCGCUGGUGAGGCUCUACUGCUGUCGAUGACUGGAUCACUCUACCCCGGAGGAUACACAACUGCGUGCGCGGCGGGCGCGGCGGCGGCGUCACCGACGAGAAAAAGUGGCGCGCCACUCAACGGGCUGGGCAACGAAGUGGCUCACGAUGACGCUGUACCCCUCGCCCCCCCCGUAUUAGAAUUGAUCACGCCAGACGGCUGUGCGUCGUCGUCGUUCUCCGAAACGUCAUCUCUCGUAAUAAACAUCCAGAAGGCCGUGGCAGGUGGUGUCUCCCUGGUGCAGCUUCGAGACUACAAAUCAGGCGCCAAAAGCAAGGCCGAUUUGGCCGUUCGCAUAUCUACGGCCAUAGAAGGGCGUGCGCUGUUUGUGGUCAACGGCGAGCCUGACGCUGCUCGAGCUAGCGGUGCGGAUGGGGUCCAUCUUCCCGAGCGCAUGAUGGACCGUCUCGUGGGUCUACGAGGCCAAGGAGAAUGGCCUCGCAUCGUAGGGUGCUCUGUCCACUCCGUCGCAGCAGCGGUGGAGGCUGCCAGAUUGGGUGCAGACUAUGUUCAGGUAGGGACAAUGUUUGCCACUCAGUCGCACCCAGGCAAGACACCCGAGGGGGUGGGAAUGCUCAACGACGUUCGACGACAGCUACAAGUCGAAGGCCUCGACGUUGUCUUAGUUCUGGGUGUGGGGGGAAUCGAUGCGUCGAAUUGUGGUGACGUGGUGGCGGCGGGCGGGGACGGCGUGGCGGCCAUUAGAUGCUUGUGCUCGAGCAGCGAUGCGGAGGGGCAGGCUCGACGCAUCGUGCAGGACAUGUGGAACUCAGCAGGUUCUCGGUUUGCUGGAUCGCUGGGCGAUGAGAUAAAAUGA